CUCAUUGAUGGAUCUGAUAACCAUGAUCCUGACAAUCAGUUGGCCCGGUUCUCCUUAGAUGGACUCUCCUUGAAAGCAAGAAUAUCAACUGAUCAGUCCCUAGUGACAUCUGUUCUUUUGUUGAAUUGUAUAUUGGAAGAUAUGCGAAGAGGUCGGGACGGUAAACUGAAAAAACUAAUAGAAAAGUCGGAGUCUAGCUGCGAAUCAACUUGUGGGCAAAGUAUGAUCGAUAUAACUUUACAACAAAAAGACAGUGAUUUAUUUGUCGACGUACGAGUAUUCAGUUUCACUGUUAUCCUUUCCGUCGAUUACCUUCUGAAAGUUGCUGAUUUUUUCAAAGUAUCUGAUAUUGAAGAAAAGAUUAAACACAAUCAGCUCAAAUCAACAACAUCUAUAGUCAAUCAACAAUCAAGUGGAACAAAGGUGUUUCCCGAACAUGAAACCAAUAAACAGAUAACAAUCAACUUGAAGCUAGAGAAGCCAGAUAUCGUUUUGGUUGAACAUAUGGAUAAUAUCAACACAAAUGCCAUGAUUCUCAAUGGAGAAAUCUUGAUAAAACUUCGACAAACCGGCCCACAUCAGGUUGUUAAUGGAAUCAUCAAAGACUUGCAACUAUAUACUUGUGUUUACGAUGCAAGUCUUCGAGCUCAAACCAGAGGCAAUGUUAUAUACCCGGUUACCAUUAGCCUGGCUGGAUCUACUCCUCAAGAUAUGGGGCUUCAUAUGGAG